AUGAAGCAAUUCCACAAGGAGCCGCAGUACACGAGCACGGACGCCAACUUUAAUCUGUGGUCGCCUCGUACGCGAGGCCGUAGCAUCCGUGGUCGUCGUGCUGUGAAAAAGCAUUCGAACGAGUUUACUCGUAGCACUUUGUGCAAGUACGAGGACGUGAGCAACAUUGGGGUUGUCCUCGACAGCGCUCCAUGCCAUGCUCCCGCUGAGACCGUUUUUAACGAGCCAGAGUUUCAAGCGGCGACGCUGCUGCGCUUUGGGCCGGACUCGCCAAUGCUCAACCCAAUUGAGAACGUCUUUUCGGCGUUCAAGUCGAAGGUGAAGGACUAUAUGACCGGGCGUAGGGUACACAAUAUUGCCGUGCCCCAGGGAACGACGAUGAAGGCGCACAGGCAUCAGUUCCUCCAAGAAGCUGCGCACACUCUUUUCCCUCUCGUUGCCACUGCGCCGUUAAACGUGUCGUGCUACCGCUACACGCUCACGUUUCACGUGAAGGUGGCGGACUUUGAUAACAUGCCGGUGGGACGUUGCCUCAUGGAAAUCAGCUAA